ACCUACCACCAGCCUACAAACUAUUCUCGCAUUAGUCACGUCGUCGUCGUCGUCGUCGUCGCCGUAGCCGUCCGGGUCUUGUGCGGCACGCGGAGGAGGCCCUAAACGAAAGAGAAAAAUGAAAUGAAUGUGAUUUGCAUUCGUGAAGCCCCAGUUCCCAGCCACUACUGACUGUGAGUCGAAUUCCGCUUCUGGGUUGGUCGGUAACUAGGACCCCCGUCCGUUUGUUUCGUUCGUUCGGUUCUAAGGGAUGGGCGGCCCCGGGGAGACUUCGCAAGACGUGUGCGCCUUCAGCCGCUCUUUACAAGUUCGCGCAGCAGCGAGUUCGAGAGGUUAUGCAACUAUUGGUGUAGGCACGAAACGGGGAGUAGGAGAUGGGAUUGCUUCUGGCGGUUUUGACUUCGAAAGGGGUGGGCUAAGAAGGAUGCAUGGGAAGAUGGACUGCUUGACCCAGUGAGUGGUGUGGAACUUGACUGAUUUAUGCUUCGCGGGUUGGAAAGAUUGAGGUCAUGGAGUACGGUAUGGGUGGUUGAAAUGAAGGCGGAGGCGUUUGGGGCGUGAAAGAUUUUUUCCGUAAUUGAAUAUAAUUCUCACGCAUAGAAACGUUCUACAAUUGCAGGUGAGAGGCGUCCGGAAUGAUCCCGAUAACGAGCAUGGCAUCUUCAGAGGAGGAGUUGAUUCGUGGGAGUGCGUCCUCCUAUGCAAUGAGUCUUAUGUCGGAGCGACGCGGCAGCAGUAGAUGUGAAUUUUCCGCAUACGACAACAAAGGAUUCCAAAGCAAUGGUGGCCCGAAGGUGCGAUCCUGGAUAAAUGGCUCCGCAGACCUCCAGUCAACGCUAUCCAGGCCCCGUUCUACAGAGGUCAUUACAGCCAACGGACACAACGGAACCAUUCCCAAUGGGCGAACCCAUAUAGGUGUGAACGGCAUGAAUGGGAUGAAUGGCGGCCUGAAUGGCCUGAACGGUAUCAACGGUAUGAAUGGAGGUCCCAACGGGGUCCUAACUCGUGGCCCUGGAGGAUUGCACGAAGAUCUGGAAUUUCCACCAACGACACGGACACUGUCCAAGAAGAAGCAGAUAGUUUGGAUGCGACCUCACGACAUGUGUGCUCGUCCUCAGUUUCGGGUAUCGCCUCCGGGGUCACCAUUGUCAGCCCGAGAACUACCAGAGCCUGUUGGGCCUGGUGAUCCUAGCUUACUAGCAGCCCUAGGUUGUCUAUCGCAGCUACCCCGACUUCUGGAACGCGUCGUCCCUCCGGAACAGACAUUCGAUACCUCCAAUGGAUACUGCGGAAUGUUCAAAUUCCGCUUCUGGCAGUGGGGCAAAUGGGUUGAGGUUCGGGUGGACGACCGACUGCCGACGCGAGGAGACCGACCAGCCCACAUGCACUGUGCCCAACCGGACAUCUUCUGGGCUGCACUGCUGGAGAAAGCUUAUGCCAAAUUAUACGGAGGCUACGCCUUCCUCAAGUUCGGAACUGUGGGCCGUGCCUUGCAGGACCUCACCGGAGCAGUUGUACAGAGCGUCCCACCUAGUGGGCCCCUGCUGGGUGGUGCCGUGCCAAGAUCAACCCUAUUAGUAGCGAUUAGUGGAGUGGAAAAGGAAACCAAAAGAAGACGAUCCGGACUGCUGUCGGAGCAUCCCUACAGUGUGACGGGUCUAGCGAGGGUACGUGCCAAUUCUUCCGAUUCAUCGCAAGCCAGCGGACAGUCGGGGGACACCAGUUUGAUACGAUUGCGUAGUCCUUGGAUCGGGGGUGAAUGGGGAGGAGUUUGGUGUGGUGCCUGGUCCGAGCGUAGUUGGGAAUGGAAUGCGCUGAACGAACGGGAUCGAGAACUGCUGUCGUCCAGAUCGUCGAACGAUUGCGAGUUUUGGAUGUCUGUUAGUGAGUUUCUGUCAAGGUUCGUGGUGAUUUGGUUAGCCCACAUCGGACCAGACGAUUGGGCGUUGGAACCGGGCUUGCAUACCCGAACGCCAUGGCGAGCGGCUCUAGCGGUUCGACAGUGGCGAGCUGGAUUCAAUGCUGGAGGUCCUCACAAGUUCAUCGAAACGACAGCUACAAAUCCUCAGUUCCGCAUACGGGUACCGGCUGGCCAUCCUGCUAAAGCUCAUGUCGUUGUAGCAGUAUCGCAGAAGUACGAGUGCUACAGAAGUCGUAACUACGAGGAUGAAGAAAUAGGGUUCACGAUCUACGAGGUUCCACCAGGCAUGCAACGGGUAACUCCGCAAUACGUUAGCGAACAGAUGCCUCUGGACUUUGCUCCUCUGUCGAAUUUAAGAGAGAUUGCAACGUUUUUCGCACUGCCGGCUGGAGACUUCGUGGUCAUGCCGCAUUCUCAACAGCAUAGGGAAGGUCGAUUUCUUUUGAGAAUAUUUGCCGAUCAACAUACCGACGUCUGGGAAGUCAACGAAGAAAAUCUAGUUAUUCACAACAUUGCAGCUGAGUUCUGUGACGAAAGGACGAUAGACGCUAGAAUUUUAUACAAGUUACGCUCGAGGUAUCCUCACGAGAUAGAAUCAACCCAACUGCAAGCAAUUCUCAAGGCACAUGGUGGGAACAAUCGAGGAUUUCGGGGCCUCGGAGGAAUCAACUGUGGUCCUUCGUUGGAGCUUUGCCGUGGAAUGCUUGCACUUCGGGAUCCUGCUCUCGGGGGUCGGCUAUCGAUUGAACACGUUCCAGCUCUGAUCGGACUGAUGCGAUUCUGGAAGGCAGCCUUCCGACGAUGUGGACCAUCAUCUUCUGGAACGGCUACACUCAGCCGAGGAAUAUGGGCGUCUAAAGUGUCCUCGUACUGUCUACGGGGUUUGUUGUGGGCAGGAGGAGCAACCGCUAGCAAUAAAGUGCUGGAAGCUUUAGUCAGUAGGUUUACCCGGAAUCGACAAAUCACACUCGAAGGAUACUUGCUAUCGAUGGCAAGAUUACACUUAGCUCAUGAACGAUACCACAGCUUGGAUGCCAAAGCUAAAGCUAGCCCAUUAUCAUUGGAAGAGAUGAUCCUGAUGACGAUUUAUUCAUGACGUGGUAGAUUACAUCGGACCCAAUAUAGCACAAUCAAAAAUCAUAUAAAGUGAACCAAAGACGGCGACUAAACUGUUGGCAUACCCACACUACUACUGACAUCUAGCUGGCCUAAAGAGAGCAAUGCAAUAUUCUUACUGCGUUUAGGACUUUUAUUAUUGUUAGGGAACUCUUUUAAAUUUUUCAAAUGCUGUAAAAAACACCGAAUCCAUACUAGUGAUAUUUACCGUUCUGAAGAGAUAUAUGAAUAAACUAAGAGUUAAAAUUCAACUUCUGCAGCAAGUAACGUAAAACGAAAGUAUUAUCAAACUAAAAUUCCGUUGAAAUUGAAAAUACGAUAAUUUAUCAUUGCCUAGGAGUUAGAGCUGCGACAGCAACAGAUAACACUUAUUUUUAUAGCAUAAUUAUAUACUUUAGCAAAGAAAUUGUUGUUACUGGAUAAACGUUAUUUACUAAUUUAUCAAUGAAGAUACUACUGCGCUAUUCAUUUCUUUUUUAUCCGAAAUCUUGAAAGUAGGUUUACUAGUACGACCUUCAUAUUUUUUUGUUGUUGUUUUUUUUCUCUUGGCUCAUAAAGAUUACUUUGUAAACUAGUGUUCUUCGAGCACUUAUUAGAUAUUUACUUAGAGCUUCCUUUGCCAAUGGCCAUUUCCACAUUCCUAUGUCUUUCGAAAGACGGGCACGAAGAUACUAUAUGCCCAAGGAAAACAAGGCAAUUCCCAUUGCGAAAAGUUCCUUGUCAACGGGAAAUCGAAUCCAAACACCCUCUUCAUAAACUU